UAUACACCAACAUAUGCACACAGUAUAUGUACACAGAACAGAAGUAUUCGUAUCUAGAAAUGUACGUAAUGACAAGUACACACCAUUAAUCCUCACUUUAAUUAAGUAAAUUGACUAAUACAUAUAACCAUGAUAUAUAUUUUCUUGUAUGCAGAUUUCCAGAGAAUAAUACUGUGUCACUUGCCAAUUGUAAUAAAACCAGUAAUAUUGCUUCAUUUGAAUUCGCACUAUCCAGCAUAUCACCGUAAACUGCAUAUUUAUUACCCGUCAUGUUGGCCAAAUACGAUAUCUCCAUGAUUACGAUUAUUCUAUCCACCCUACAAUUCCAUAUGGUUACUAGUCUUAUCGUCAGUAAAAAUCCGGAUGACAUUCAUUUUUAUUUGUACUCAAGCAAAAGCAAUCCCACCGAAAGCGUUGAGCUCAUCUACGAUAAGGUUGCAUCUGUCCCACCCGGGUUUUCUCCGGAAGGACCGACACGUUUUAUAAUCCAUGGAUUCAGUGGAAACUCCACCUACAGCUCGGGCGGGGGAGGAAUUGCGCCAGAUUUUUUGAAAAAUGCUUAUUUAGCCUCAAAUGAGCCCGGGAACACAAUUUUGGUUGACUGGGGACUCCUCUCAACGCCAAGAGGAAGAGAUGCUAUAAUUCUUAGAUAUCCAAUAGUUGCCUUGCACAUUCCCAUUGUUGCGAAACGAAUCGCGCAAUUCAUUACGAAUUAUUGUCAAGAAGGUUUAAUUGAUCCUGAGAAUGUCCACUUAAUUGGGCAAUCCCUUGGAGCACUUGGAGUGGUCGGUGAGGCGGGAACAGAAACUAGGAAAUUAAGCGGGAUCCCUGUAGCGAGGAUAACGGGACUUGAUCCUGCCGGACCGUUAUUUGAUCCUCCCGCACUGGCCAUAAAACCCGGGCUGUCUUUGAAGGACGCCCUUUUUGUAGAUGUAAUCCACACAAAUUUAGGAGGGUUAGGUGGAACUGCGACAUACGGACAUUUGGAUUUUUAUCCGAAUGGGGGUUCAAAACAACCCGGAUGCGUGGAUUCAUGCCCGGGUGGAGUUAGCGGGUGUGCUCACGGGUAUUCCUAUCAAUUGAUGGCAGCAUCUAUUUCAAGGCCGUUCAGGUCGUGCCAGUGUACCCGAGCAGAGAUGGGUGACACGUGUUUAAACAGUUGCAAAAAUCCGACCUACAUGGGUCAGUUCUGCCCACCUGCUUUUACGUGAGGACGGAUUCACUACCCGCCACUUGCAAAAGCAACAUCAACUAAUAUGCAAUUGAUCUAAUUUCUCAGUUAGUGGUCUUGAGACAAGUGAAUUAUGUAACGACUAACCUAUGCAUGACAUGAAUAUGUAUAUAGCUCUUGUCGUAAAUGUCCAGAUCUUACUACUAAUUGAAAAAUAAUAUGCUCGUAUCAAUCGAUAAUAUCGGUCUGAUUGGUCUGACUGAACUCAAUAUCGUUUCAUAAUACGUCGAUUUUGUGAUUUGCCGACUUCUUAUAAACUGAAAUAAUCCUGCAAAAAGCGAGAAUGGCCAGCAUAUCGAGCAAGGAGAGAAUGCCGAGAAUGCCGAGAAUGCCGAGAAUGCCGAGAAUGGUGAGAAUGCCGAGAAUGCCGAGAAUGGUGAGAAUGCCGAGAAUGCCGAGACUGGUGAGAAUGCCGAGAAUGGUGACAAUGUCGAGAAGGAAGAGAAUGCCGAGAAUGGUGAGAAUGCCGAGAAUGGUGAAAAUGCCGAGAAUGCCGAGACUGGUGAGAAUGCCGAGAAUGGUGACAAUGUCGAGAAGGAAGAGAAUGCCGAGAAUGGUGAGAAUGCCGAGAAUGGUGAAAAU